AGGUCGCGGAGGACAUGCCGAACGCCAUUAGCGGCGUGGAUGAGGUAGAGGAGGAGGUAGAAGAAGAGGUUGAGGAGGAGGUAGAGGUCGAGGAGGAGGAGGAGGAAGAAGAAGAAGAGGGACGUGGUGGUGGAGAAGGAAAAACAAAGGAAGGAGGGGGAGAGGAAGGAGAACAAGGAGGAGGAGAGCCUCUGGGAAGGGGGAUAGAAAUGGUAGAUAGUGUUGGCGAGGAGAUACAGCCGGAUAGCAGUUCCUUUUCGUCAGGGUUAGUAGUGAGGUCAUAGGUUUCUUGUAGAUUUUUUGGAUUGAAUGUUUGAGCUUGUGUUAGAUUUUGAUAUUCCUGGAUCUAGGGUUAGCGGUUGGUCGGGCUCGCAUGUUGGCCCAAUCAAAUGCCGCUGGGGUGAUUCGGGGAAACAGAAGAUAACCCUAAUUUUUUCUUGUGUGAUAGAAAAAUCUUCGUUGGAGGAGUCGCGUGGGACACAACUGAGGGCGCAACCUCGAAGUUUGAGAACUGAUUCAGAUGGUGUACCGAGGCACAACAAAGUCCCAAACAAUAAGGAGGGAGGUUGGGCUUGUGUUGAAGGUUUCAAAAAGAGGAGGGAAGAGACAUUCUCCAAGCAUUUUGAGAAGUAUGGGGAAAUUACAGACUCUGUGAUAAUGAAGGAUAAGCAUACUCAUAUGCCUCGAGGAUUUGGGUUCGUAACAUUUGCUGACCCUUCUGUUGUUGACAAUGUCUUGGAGGAUGAGCAUGUUAUUGAUGGGAGGAUGGUAGAAGUCAAAAGGACAGUCCCAAGAGGAGAUCUGCCUUCCAAAGCAGGGCUUAAGACAAAGAAGAUCUUUGUGGGUGGAAUACCUCUAUCUUUAACUGAAGAUGAGUUGAAGGAGCACUUUGCCUCGUAUGGUAAAGUAAUUGAGCACCAGAUAAUGCUCGACCAUAGUACUGGGCGUUCACGAGGCUUUGGUUUUGUUACCUUUGAAAAUGAGGAAGCAGUUAAAAAGAUCAUUUCAGAAGGCAGAAUGCAUAAUCUCGGAGGGAAGCAGGUUGAAAUUAAGAGGGCUGAACCGAAGAAAGCUGGUGGAGAUCCCGGAAACAAUGGGAGGGUUGGUCAUGGCACUGGUGUUGGCAUUGUACCUGGUUUCUAUCGGGGUGGCACUUAUGGAUAUGGAGGUGGUUAUCGAUCUGGUGGCAUCUUUUAUGGUGGAAAUUAUGACUAUGGUUAUGGUGGGGUUGGUAGCUAUGGUGCAGGCUUCAGCUCUAGCUACGGCGGACGCUUGUAUGGAAGCGGUCGAUAUGGUAGUGGUACUGCAUAUGGUGGCCCAGCUGGUUUCAACGGGGUAUACGGUGGUUAUGGUGGCCGGGGAUACGGGAGAAGAUACCACCCCUAUGGAAAAUAACAUCUUGAUACAAUCAUGUUAACCAAGUUUUACUAUAAUCAGUUUACUGUGCAAUUCACACCCGACUUGCUGAAAUCAACUGGUACUAUUUUUCAUCUCAUAUUAACUUGUCGCUGUAGAAUGACGUUGCCUAUAACAUUUUGGUGCAUUCGGAAAAUGUAAUUCUCUCUCAGCUGCUCUUUACUGUGUUUUA